AUGCCUUCUCAUCACAACCCGUGUACUGACGUCCCAAUCUCGCUCUCGUUGCGCCCUCCCUCUUCGACAGACCUCACAGCCGUAGCUGAAUACUAUGUCACCCACCGCAUCCCUCAACGCUUCAACCCGGGCAUCGUCGUCGCCUCGAUCGCCGUCUCGGCGCUCGGCUCCUACUCUACCCUCCUCCUCCUCGGCAAGCGUACCUCCAACAAGGGCAAGCGUAACAUUUUCCUCCUCUCCUUCGCCGCCACCACCAUGGCUGCCGUCGGUAUCUGGGGCAUGCACUUUAUCGGAAUGCACAUGAGCCUUCGUCCCGUCGCAGGCGUCAGCUGGUACAUCAAGGUCGACCCCGGAUUCACCGUGCUCAGUCUCUUCGUCCCUAUCAUCGCCCUCCAUGCCGCGUUCUUCAUCGUCGACGCCGCCAUCUCGUUCAGCUUUGUCCGCACCACCAUCUCGGGUGUGCUCACCGGUCUCAUCGUCAGCCUCAUGCACUACUCGGCCUCGCUCAAGACCAACUAUGCGGUGAGCUACAGUCCGACCCUGGUCACCAUUUCGAUCGUUGUGGCGUGUGUCGCUUCGACUGUCGCCUUGACUGGCUUCUUCAAGUUCAGGGCGCAGUGGGAGGACUCCUGGUGGAAGCGUAUGCUGUGCGCGUUCAUCUUGGCCGCCGCCGUCUCGGGUAUGCACUAUAUUGGUGUUUGGGGCACCAGCUACAAGGUCAAGGCGUCUACGGUUACGGGUGCCAACGAGAUCAGUCUGUUGACCGGUCGUCAGCGCAACAACGUUCUCGUCAUCGCCAUCGGUUGCAUGUGCUUCGUCAUCAUCUGCCUUUCAAUCUUCAUCGCCGUCUCGGACAUGCUGAUCGUUCGAGAUGCCAGGCGAAAAUCCAAGAAGGUCGUCGUCUGCUCGGCCACCUUCGACAAGCAGGGUCGUCUGCUCGUCAAGCCCGACGGUACCAUGCCGCUCAUGAUCAUCGAGACGGACGUCAACACGCGCGACAUCCUGGACGCGCUGGACAACCGUCAGCCCACCUUCCAGUGGCUCUACUCGCUUUCGUGGGACUGGGCCAUCAUCGCGCCCUGGCUCCGCGCCAUCACCACGCGCUUCGCGGCCGAGACGCAGCAGGCGCAGCGCAACGAGGCCAUCUGGAAGAACCGCGGCAAGAAGAUGAUUGCGCAGGGCAGACGAUCCCUGGACAUUUCGGAGGAUCGUCGCAAGGGCCCUCAGAGCCUGGCGGAUUUCCGCGAUCGUUUCAUCGACGCUGCGUUCCACUUGGCGCAGGAGCUCGACAUUCCUUUCGAGGAGAUCGGAGUUCUGUACGAUCACGUUCUCCCCACGGGCACGCGUAACAACGGAAGCAGCGGCAACAACAACAACGUCGUGACGGACAAGUUUACGCCUUCGCGUCAGUUUGCCGACGACGAGAGCUCCAUCAACGGUCCCGUUCCGAGCAUCUUUGGCGAGGGCAACGAUCAAGAGGAAGGUGCUAUGCUGUUCCUCGUGCGCGAGCUGCCCAACUCUGCCGCCUCGACCGAACGUUUCCGCCAGAUGGGCUACCGCAUGACCGAAACGCGCUUCCUCGCCGGCGUCCUCGCCGACCGCGUCUCGAUCCAGAAGGAAGAGAUGGAGCCGCUGCUCGAUUCGCUCAAGGUGUACGCCAAGCGCGGCACGCGCCCCGUCGUGCAGCCCUCGGGAGUCUACUGCGGUCUGUUCGGCGUCCGCGCCUCCACCAGCAAGGAGGGCGGACUCGACGUGCUCGUCUACAACUUUGCUCGUCACCAGAUCCCCGCGUACCGUCUUCCGGACGUCUCGUGCAUCACGCCCGAGAUGAAGACGUUCCUCGGAUCGCUCGACCAGGCGACGAUGGAGGACGCCAUGAAGGUGUGCGAGCGCGAAUCGAUUCGUUCGGGAGAACGACGCAAGUACCUCCAGUCGAUCUCGUCGGUCAACGUCGCCGACAACCACGACAACGAGGCCGAGCAGGAAGCCGUUGAGCUCAUGAUUCAGUUCCAGACCGCGCUGUUCAUCGCGCUGGAUGCGCUGCACAACUCGGUGCGAUUCUAUCCGAAGAUCUGCCAGACCGCCAGGAUCAGCGCAGAGGUGCUCGAGGUGCCUUCCAGCUUGGACGAUUCGACCGCACCUGCCGAGAUGAUCCUCGUUCAAGCGGUGCUGCCGGAAGCCAGGAGCGCCGGAAGCAACUACCACGAUGGCAGUGUACAGCACACCGCAACGGGCCAGGCGGGACAGGACAUUGUACCCACGGACAAACCCAGCUCGGCGACACCCUUCGUGUUCGUCCCCUACACGCUCUUCAGCAAGUCGCAGAUGAUGCUGCUGCGAGGCAGACAGGCGGACGACUUUGAACACGAGGUGAUCCUCGAGAUGCGACGCAGAUAUCCGUCUUCGCUGCAGAGCGAGGCUGAGGAGAAGGGCCUGUUCGAACCGGCACCCGCAAAUGUCGCUGGAAGGCUGGGACGCAAGGAAUCGUUCGUCGUUUCGAGUCCCACCGCGAGGUUCGGGAAGGGUUACGCGGGGAGUGACGACGAUGACAAGUUGGAGACCAGCAGCAAGUUCAGCGAUGAUCAUCCGACGUCGCCCGUUACGAACAAGGUGAACCUGCUGCCGAGUGGAAAGAGGUGGGUUGGGGAUGAGGAACCGACGGGAUUGUCACCGGCAAGGAGGCAGUCGGUUACGAGUUCCAAGUCGAGGCACACGAACGAGGAUCACGAGAUGAAGCAGAUGAACGAGCGACCCGCAGCUCCCGCUCGCAGGUACUCGCCUGCUGGUCAACAGGAUCCUGCCGACGCCAUCACCGAGGAGGCCAACUCGAUCGUCUCGGUCGAUCCUGAAGCACCGACCACCAUGCGCGAGGCUGCAACCACCGCGUUCGGUCAACCCACCCGCCAGGCAUCGCGACCCUCCACUGCUCCCGCCAACGUCAUCCGUCGCGAACUCAACUUCCUCCGUCCCUCCUCCUCCGGUCACCACUCCGCCCUCGCACAGCAAAGACCCAUCACAGCAAGUCAGAGACAGAGGAGGAACCGAACCGCCCUGUCACCCACCGACGAGGGAAGUCACCUGGCUAGGCUCCAGAGCGACGGCUGGCAUACGAGGCAGAUUCAGAGCUUGGAGAGGAGCCCCGCGGGUACGGCGCUGCUGGGCGUGGAUUUUUGA